AUGGAGAACAACAGCAACAGGCAGCAGGCGCCGCCGCCGCCACCAGGCUACCCGACGGCGGCUGCAGGCGCCGAGGAGCAGGGAGGAAGCAGGAAGGGACGCCGGGGGAAGACGACCUCGCGCGGGGAGAAAGGCUUCAUCGAAGGAUGGUAA